AUGUCACUCCCAGCGUCAACAACCACCCCGCUCUACCUGACCGGCGACCAGGCGGCAUUGAAAGAGUUCCUAGACAAAUUCGAUGUUGGUGCCCGGAGUUCGGAAUGUCUUUCUCUUCGAUUGCGAUGGUCCGUAUCCUCCUUGUCCUUUCUCUCGGCAUUCUCCCCGAUUCCAUACACAAGCCAAGCACGACGGAUCGCAACAGUUGCUGAGAGAUCACUAGGCGUCCUCUGGUCCGGUGACCACCUGUUUCCUGGCACGGUUGAGACACUUGAAUUACUCCGGAAGAAAGGGAAGCAAAUCGUCUUCGUGACGAAUAACAGCACCAAGUCUCGCGCCGACUACAAGAAGAAGUUAGAGGGACUAGGGAUCCCAAGCACAGUGGAAGAAAUCUUCUCCUCCUCCUACAGCUCCUCGAUAUACAUCUCGCGCAUCCUGCAACUCCCCGCCAACAAGCGCAAAGUAUUCGUCAUCGGCGAGAGUGGCAUUGAACAAGAACUGCGCUCGGAGAAUGUCCCCUUCAUCGGCGGCACGGACCCAGCAUAUCGGCGCGACGUGACGGCCGACGACUACAAGAAGAUUGCCGCAGGGGACCCCUCUGUGAUUGACCCGGAAGUCGGGGUCGUGCUCGUCGGGCUGGAUUUCCACUUGAAUUAUAUCAAGCUCGCACUGGCGUUCCACUACAUCAAGCGCGGGGCGGUUUUCCUGGCGACAAAUAUUGACUCGACGCUGCCUAAUUCGGGGACGCUGUUCCCCGGCGCGGGAUCGAUGAGCGCGCCGCUGAUUAUGAUGCUGGGGCAGGAUCCUGUCGCCCUGGGGAAACCGAGUCAGGCGAUGAUGGAUGCUAUCGAGGGCAAGUUUCAGUUUGAUCGCAGCCGGGCGUGCAUGGUUGGGGACCGCGCGAAUACUGAUAUCCGGUUUGGGUUGGAGGGCCAGCUGGGUGGGACGCUGGGCGUGCUGACGGGGGUUAGCUCCAAGGAGGAUUUCGUGUCGGGGCCCGUGAAGCCGCUGGCCUAUCUGGAUAAGCUGGCGGAUCUGCUGGGCGCGGAGUCUUGA